GAGUGUGAGAGUGUGUGGGAUUGCUGCAGCUUUCACUCUUACUGGCAGCCAGGGAGUUUGCUUCAAGUCGCUGCUGGAGCAACAUUUGCAGUUUAAAAUGCCACAUCCUGUGACCCUCUACGGACCGUCACCUUGGGGCUUCAGAUUAGUAGGAGGCAAGGACUACAGUCAGCCCCUAACUAUCUCACGGGUUACUCCUGGAAGUAAGGCAUCCUCUGCUAAUCUUUGUCCUGGUGAUGUUAUUGUGGCUAUUAAUGAAGACAGUACCGAGAAUAUGAACCACCUGGAUGCUCAAAACAAGAUCAAGGCCUGCACAGACCAGCUCACUCUUUCUAUUAACAGGGUGGAAAACAAAUCCUGGUCACCAAAUGGUUUUGAAGAUGGAAACUCCCAUCCUUUCAAAGUCGAUGUGCAGUCCCAGCCACAACAGGAUUACAAACCCAUUGGAAGUUCAAGUAACAGAAAGCCGAUGCCAUUUGCGGUUGGUACAAACAUAAGUGAAGCCAAACAGACAGCAAGUGCACAGUACAACACUCCUUCUGCACUUUAUACCAAUGACAAUGUAAAUCACACUUUGCAGAAACAAAUGAGCGGUCUUCAUGUUACCUCUCCUCAGCACAUUGAUCCACCAAAGUUAUCACCAAAGCUGUGGAACGAGAUCGACACUGAAUCAGAUGUUUAUAAGAUGCUUCAGGAUGGUGAGGAGCCAGCUUCAGAACCUAAACAGUCUGGUUCUUUCAAAAUACUACAGGGCCUGCUGGAAGCAGAGCAGACAGGUGAAAAAAGUGAAAGGCCAGCUAUCACCAAAAGUGUGAAAUCUCCUGUAACAAAGUUCAACAAUUCUGCACCCACACUACAGAAGUUACCGCAGUGCAUUAGAUGUGAGACAGGCAUAGUUGGGGCUGUUGUUAAGGCAAGAGAGAAGUUGUACCACCCAGCGUGUUUCAUGUGUUCUGACUGUGGAUUAAACCUGAAGCAAAAAGGCUACUUCUUCAUCGAAGAGCAACUAUACUGUGAGACCCAUGCAAAAGCAAGAGUACAGCCACCAGAGGGAUAUGAAGUCGUAGCUGUGUAUCCCAAUUCCAGAGUAUAAGCGUGAAACAUGUGCCUUCUGGAUUUUUUGUAUUUAAAAAGAAUGAAAACUUUCUCUUUGCCUUUUUAGAUUCUGAAUGAGACUGCGUACCAUAAUUUAAAUUUCAGUUAGUAUUCAAGCCAUACCUAGAACCAGAAAAGCCACACAUGCAGAACUGAUCUAUGUUAAUUGUUUCAAAUUGGAUUGCAUCAUAAAUCCUUACCAAAGGACUUCAAACAAAUAGUAUUAUCGAACAAAAUAAAAACCGAAAGAACUGCAGAUGCUGUAAAUCAGAAACAAGAAGCAGAAAUUGCUGGAAAAGCUCAGGAGAUGUGACAGGAUCUGUGGAGAGAAAUCAGAGUUAAUGUUUUGGGUUGGGUGACCUUACUUCAGUACUAGGUUCUGGGGAAGUGCCACUUGACCUGAAACGUUAAGUCUGAUUUCUCUCCUCAGAUGCUGCCCAGACUGCUGAGCUUUUCCAUUGUUGUUGAACACGUUUUGCAAAGAUUACCUGUCUGAGAUCAAAUAACUUGAUUAUGAAGUGAAAUAGUAGCAUUGCACCACCACUCCAAGUCACAUCAGAAAAUGCAGUGCACUCUGUGUAGGAACUGUAUUUGGGACUUUGUACUUUCUUUGAAUUUAGUAUCUUUUGUUUAGACCAAAAUUCUGCUUCUGUAAAAUGAGAAUUUGGUCAGAUUUGUUUUCAUUCGGUUUAAGCCAAAAGCUCAGACCAAAUGUGUGGCACGGAAUCUUCUUUAAAAUUCUAGCUUUUGUUUUUCAGAAGUGUGACUGAACCAGUAUCUUUUCCAAAUGGCUGUUUUUCCACAUCUAGGCAGAAAUGUUUAAUUAAUUAUGAAGCAAACGUACACAGGAAAACGGUAAUUCAUACAUUUGCAAGAUCUGAUGGUGUGUUCACUGUGGCUAGAAUAUGAGUGAAAUAAAUUCUGGUUACGAGGAUGCAGAGACCUUUUUUGAGGAGAGCUAGAAGAGAGCAGAUAUAGUUUGCUAUUAUUGAUGGCUGUAGUCUUUUAGACAAGCAUCUACUAUGUGCUGCAUCCUUUCAAAUGAUGAACACUGCUUGCAUCAAGGAAUAAUCAUAUUGAUUUUCAUAUAACAAUAAGCUGAUUUAUUUUUGCGCAAUUGGAUUGCACAGGAAAUUUAUCGUGUGCUUUACUGCAAGUUAACGUGGAUCAUUAGCCUUAACAUUGGACUUUUUGUUUCUUGUUUGACUAACAGUGUAUGUUGUGAUACACUAAUUUUCACCUAAUCUUUAGGCGGGUAAGUUGUGGGGGGGGGAUACAAUAUAAAUGUCCAGUCCACCUGUUGAGUAAGUUUUAUAUGCAGAGGGACCCUAGCUGGAUUUUUGUUGUGCUGAGAGUCUCAACAAAAUAAAUAGAAAUAAGAAUAGUAUAUGAGUAGUCAGCAAAUAGGAACUGAAUUGGGAUCGACUUACUGCCAAUUAAGGUCAUGUAAAACAUUUUUAUAUUGUGUAUAUUAAAUAAUAAGUCAAUGAAGUUGCCACCAGCAGGUGGAAUGAGAUGUGCAUGACCAGGGAUAUUGUUGCUGAACACUCAACCUGUUCCCUGCUAGUAGUUCUGUUAGUAAUUUCCAUUUGAGCCUGAAUUAUUUGCAGCAGCUCAUUUCAAGUGAAUGCCUCAUUUCUAAUACAUGUUGUGUGUCAACAAGGGCAUUGUAAUUGCCUCCUUAUUUUCCUGCUGUUUGGCUGGAAAUACUUUUCAUUCAGUGUAUGUAGAAGUUAAACCACAAGAGACUCCAGUUUGUAUUUUAGGUCAAUGCUUUUUGAAUUCAUUUUUUUAAAUAUAGUUCUUACAAGUUUGGAAGAUUUUUCCCUUUUUUUGUAUUUGUAUCAGAUCACAAGGAAGGUCAUUUUGUCAGAAGAUAAAUGACAAUAUAAAUGCCACAGAAAAAUAAAUUAUUGAAGAAAAGUUUUUUUUCAUUGGAUUGCAGAAUGAACUGCCUCUUUAUAGUGAAGCACGUGGCUCUCCAACUGACUUCAUGAUAGUGUUUACUGUUCAUUUCAGAAUCGGGCUGAAGUAAUUCAUCAAGAGACUGUAUCCUCAUCAGUGCCUUGUCCUUUGCUUGCUUUUUUUUAAAAUACAUGCUUCGGGCUUCAUUUAAAAUCUCUGCUAAACUUUGCUACAUAAAACUCGCCUGAAUGCCUUUUGAGCAGCGAUUGAUGUGGGGUAUGCAAAUUUGUACUAAGAUUUAGCUCUGAAAGGGAAAUGUUAGCUACUUAAAUCAUCUGUUGCUUGCAUAAUAUUUGAUAUUGUCUGCUGUUUUGCUUGAUUGUAUGUAGGUAGUGGAGGGAGAAGUGAAUGAGUGUGAUAGAGUAUGAAAAUAAAGCUGUAUGCUUCAGGAAAUCAGUGACUUCAUAUAUUCCAUAGUCUCUCUACUUUCGAUGACAAUUUCCAGCUGGUUUCUUCAAAGUGGCUACAGAGCUUUUUGUAUUAAGAUGCCCUACUUUCAAGCAUGUCUCUUUUGGUUACUCGUUUUAUGUUGCAGAGAAGUUGAGCUGAAAUAAUGGAAGCCGAAAAUGUGUUGCUGGUUAAAGCACAGCAGG